CUGUUUCUCCUCACCUUAUUUCACCUCCUGCAUGCCGCCGGUGCCGGGGGCGCUGUGGAGCGGGGCACGGGCCGCCCGCCAUGGCCGAGGCAGGAGCGGGAGGCGCCGAGGGGGCCGAGGAGGAGCGGCGGGCCACUGAAGAUAAUUUCUCAAUAGAUGGAAACCCGUGCAUUGCUUCUGGAGUCCCCAGCCUCAUGAAUCCAAUAACUAAGUCUGCUGCCACCGCUUCUUUCAAUGCUUCUGUGGCUGAGAUUCCAAGGAAGCGCAAAGGAAGUGAUUCUGAUAACCAGGAUAUAGUUGAAGUUGAUGGUGAUCCUCAGAAAAGGAGUGAAGAUGAAGAACAUGUUAAAAUAAAAGAUUUCAGAGAGGCUCACAGUCAAACAGAGAAACGAAGAAGAGACAAAAUGAAUAAUUUGAUAGAGGAAUUGUCUGCUAUGAUACCUCAGUGCAAUCCCAUGGCACGAAAGCUAGACAAGCUUACAGUGUUACGGAUGGCUGUGCAACACUUAAAAUCUUUAAAAGGUUCCACUAGCUCCUAUACAGAAGUCCGGUAUAAACCUUCAUUUUUAAAGGAUGACGAGCUCCAACAGUUAAUCCUUAGGGCUGCAGAUGGAUUCCUAUUUGUGGUUGGAUGCAACAGAGGAAAAAUUCUGUUUGUCUCAGAAUCAGUUUGCAAAAUACUUAAUUAUGAUCAGGCCAGUUUAAUUGGACAAAGUUUGUUUGAUUACUUGCAUCCAAAAGAUGUUGCGAAAGUUAAGGAGCAACUUUCGUCUUCGGAUGUCUCUCCUAGGGAGAAGCUCGUAGAUGGGAAAACUGGCUUGCAAGUACGCACAGAUUUUCAAGCUGGACCAGCUCGACUGAAUUCUGGUGCUCGGCGUUCCUUCUUCUGUCGGAUAAAAUGCAGUAGGACCACAGUCAAAGAAGAAAAGGAGUGCUUGCCCAACCCAAAGAAGAAAGAUCACAGAAAAUACUGUACCAUUCACUGUACUGGGUAUAUGAAGAACUGGCCUCCUAAUGAGGUGGGAGUAGAAGAGGAAAAUGAUGUAGAAAAGGACAGUAGUAACUUUAACUGUCUUGUUGCAAUUGGGAGGUUACACCCUUAUAUUGUUCCACAAAAGAGUGGAGAGAUAAAAGUCAAAGCAACAGAAUUUGUUACACGAUUUGCCAUGGAUGGAAAAUUUGUUUAUGUAGAUCAGCGUGCAACAGCAAUUUUAGGGUAUCUGCCACAAGAGCUUCUAGGAACUUCUUGUUACGAGUACUGCCAUCAAGAUGAUCACAAUCAUCUAGCUGAAAAACAUAAAGAAGUGUUGCAGAAUAAAGAAAAAGUAUUUACAAAUUCCUACAAAUUUAGAGCAAAAGAUGGGACUUUUAUUACUUUAAAGAGUCAGUGGUUUAGUUUCAUGAAUCCAUGGACCAAAGAACUGGAGUACAUUGUAUCAAACAACACUGUGGUAUUAGGUCAUAAUGAGUCAGCUGAAGAACAAGUCCUCUACGGUUCCCAGCCUGCAGAAGAUGCCGUAAAACAGUCUUUAGUAAGUGUACCUGGAAUGUCCUCUGGAACAGUUCUUGGUGCUGGAAGUAUAGGAACCGAAAUUGCAAAUGAAAUACUAGAAUUGCAAAGGUUGCAUUCUUCACCAUCUGGGGAGUUAAGUCCAUCACAUCUCUUGAGAAAGUCACCUUCUCCAGCUUUAACUGUAAACUGCAGCAAUGUGCCAAAUAAAGAGUUGAUUCAGUUACGUUCUUCGGAAACAGAAGUUCUGGAGACUUCAGAACAAAACCAGGGUGCUGUUCCAUUUCCCAAUAAUGAACCUCUCCUCAGUGGUAAUUCUCAGCUGGACUUUGAUGCAAUAUGUGAAAAUGAUGACACUGCUAUGACAGCUCUUAUGAAUUACUUGGAGGCUGAUGGAGGACUUGGGGAUCCAGCUGAACUCAGUGAUAUACAAUGGGCUCUCUAGUUUUGCUUUUUCAAAAUAAGAAGGAAUGUAAAAUCCGUAAUGCACAACAACCAUACAUCCUCAGUACUGUAUUAUAAUUUUUUUAAUGUUUCAUUUGAAUUCAUACUUACUGUCUAUAUAUUUUUAAAGACUGAAGCCUUGUUCAGAGAGAGACAGUUUCUGCUGCACCUAUGGAAAAAUGCAAUAUUUUUUUCAUGAUGGGGAAACUUUGAAAUUUCAAUAUUGAACCAUCUGUAACUGGAAUGCUUAAAACACAUAUUUUUGCUAAGAAGCUUUAACCAAAAGAAAAUGAAUUUUGGGCUAUAUCAUGGAGAAAAGAGAAAAAAAACCCAGGUACUUUCUAAGAAUUGAUAGAAUUCUAUUUGUAUAAAUGAAAUUUGAGAAUUCCGAUUUUUGCCAUUGUAAAAUGUAUUUUCCUUAUUCUAGAAAUAAAUUCUAAAUAAAACAAAUACUAUAGCUAACACAGAUAAAUAAGUAAAUAAAUAACUUAAAAUUAUUCAGAGUUUCCUCAACAUACUUCCUUUUUUAACUGGAUUAGUUUGAAAAUGGUGCAGAUGUUGUUACUGAAGGAGCAUAUUAAUUCUUUCACAAGAUUUAUAUAACUGUCUAGAGUCAAAUCACUAUUUUUGGAUUCUUCUUGGAUUUCCCUAAAAAAUAAAAACAAAAAUGUAACUUUGAGCCCUUUGCAGUCAUUGAUUGAUAUUGUGUCUCUCAAUUCAUUUAUUAGAUUCUCCCUUUACUAUUUGUGAAUUUUUCUGGUUUAAAACAGUCUUACAAGAAAAAGUGUCACUUGUAAAUAUUUAUGAUUAAUACAUACUUUUUAAUACAGUUGAGAUAGUAUGUGCUUAUUUCUGUUCGUAUAACAAUACAAUUCUAGUAAGAUAUGGACAGGGCUUUUUUCUUGGCAUGAUGCAGGUUAUCAGAGGAUGUGGUUAAAUCAGGUCAAUAAAAUGUUAUUUUGAUGCA